CAGGACAAGUUUGACGACUGCGGCUGGGGCUGUGCCUACCGCUCCCUGCAGACCCUGUGCUCCUGGUACGCGCGCCAGCACUACGCCGCCCGCCCGCCGCCCAGCCACCGCGAGGUACAGGCAGCGCUGGUGCAGAUAGGCGACAAGGAGCCCUCCUUCAUCGGCAGCAAGCAGUGGAUUGGCGCCAUUGAGCUGGGCUUUGUGCUGGACGCGCUGCUGGGGGUGAGCCACCGCGUGCUGCGGGUCGGCAGCGGCGACGAGCUGCCCAGCCUGGCCCGCCAGAUUGCGCACCACUUCGACACGCAAGGCACCCCCAUCAUGAUUGGCGGCGGCGUGCUGGCGUACACCCUGCUGGGCAUCGAGCACGAGGAGAGGAGCGGGCGCUGUUCCUUCCUCAUCCUCGACCCGCACUACACAGGCGGGGAGGAGGUGAAGAAGGUCCACGCGGGUGGGUGGGUGGGU